AUGCGCUUCUUACUGAGGGUCAUGGCAGCUGUACUCGCAUGUUCAAAUCCAGCGCUCGCACAGAACUCGACAUUCCUCAACCCGGUACUUCCAGGCUGGCACAGCGAUCCAUCAUGCGUCAACGUGAAUGGGACGUUCUUCUGCGUAACCUCCACCUUCAUCUCAUUUCCCGGACUGCCAAUUUAUGCGUCUAAAGACCUGAUCGACUGGAAACACAUCAGCCAUGCAUGGAACCGCGAAUCCCAGCUUCCAGGCUAUAGCUAUGCCACCAAAGGCCAACAAGAGGGCAUGUACGCAGCGACUAUCCGGUUCCACGAGGGUGUUUUCUACGUGAUUUGCGAAUACCUCGGAUCGGGUCAAUUGGCAGGUGUUUUGUUCAAGUCUACGAAUCCAUUUGACGACGAGUCCUGGAGCGAUCCGGUAAGAUUCGAAGCUGGCAAGAUUGAUCCCGAUCUUUUCUGGGAUGAUGACGGCAAGUUUUAUGUUGCGACUCAAGGCAUCAUCUUGCAGGAGAUGAACAUAGACACUGGCGCGAUGGGACCUAUCGUACAGCUCUGGAAUGGCACGGGCGGCGUCUGGCCAGAAGGCCCACACAUCUACAAGAAAGACGGAUGGUACUAUCUGCUGAUUGCUGAAGGUGGAACAGCCGAAGAUCACUCUGUCACCAUGGCUCGCGCGAGGAAUAUUACGGGACCGUACUACCCCUCCCCGUUCAACCCACAUUUGACAAACCGCGGCACAUCAGAGUACUUCCAGACCGUCGGCCAUGCAGAUCUCUUCCAAGACAACAACGGCGAAUGGUGGUCUGUCGCGCUUGCGACCCGCGUGGGCCUAAAUGGCACCUCCUUCCCCAUGGGCCGCGAAACCGUGCUCACGCCGGUGACAUGGAAGUCCGGCGAAUGGCCUGUGUUCCAACCCGUACAAGGCAACAUGACCGGCUGGCAACUACCUGCGCGUUCAAGGGAUCUUCAAGGCGACGGGCCGUUUAAUUCGGACCCAGAUGUAUACGACUUUCCUCACGGCUCAGCGAUCCCACGCAACCUCGUGUACUGGCGCGUCCCUCGUGACGGCGCAUUCAAGACCACGCAUAAAGGCCUUCAAGUCGCGCUCGGCCGCAACAAUCUCGCCGGAUCGUUCAACACAUCUGAACCAGCUACGAGGGCUGUAAAUUUCAUCGGGCGCCGCCAAACGGACAGCACAUUCAAAUUCAGCGUGGAUUUAUCGUUCGACCCGAAAGCCGAUGGGCAAGAGGCUGGGGUGACCGCUUUCCUGUGGCAAACAGCGAACAUCCAGCUUGGUCUCGUGCGCAAUAAUGGAACGACAUAUCUACACUACAACUCUACGGAACAGCAGGAGAAGAAGACGCCUGUGCCUGCGUCUUGGCUUGGAAAGCCAAUGCGGCUUCAGAUCACGAUGCCGGAUCCAAGGACGUACGUUUUUGCGGCGAUGCCAUCGAGUGACAAAUCAAAACAGAUCUCCUUUGGCAGAGCUUCAACGGCGCAGCUGAGUCCGUCAGGAUCGUUUGUGGGGACGCUGAUCGGUAUCUAUGCUACCUGCAAUGGAGCUGGGUCCGGUCUGGAUUGCCCGGCUGCCACUCCAAAGGCGUACUUCAAGCGGUGGAGGUACGAGGGCGUUGAUCAGUACAUCUCCGAGACUGAGAGCGUGCCGAGCGAGGAUUUCAAUCAAGAUAGCUGA